UUAAGAAUAAUGAAUCUGGACGUUUUAUAUUUAAAGAUUAAAGAACAAAAAAAAGAAGAAAAAAAAAGUUGGUUGUCACUUGUAGAGAUAAAAGAGAAUGAAAUUGAUUACAGCUUUAAAUCCAAACAAAACAAACCACCGUAUUUUGAAUAAUAAAAUACCAGAUGUUAUUUUUGUAAUUAAAUUGAGAUUCUCGUCUCCUCCCCUAAAUUUCUCUUAAAAGAAUUCUUAAAAUUUUCAGACAAAAAAAAAAAAGAAAAAACAUUGUCUGGACUCUCGCCCUAAAUUAUUCUCUUCUCUUUCUCUUCAUUCAGCCUCCCAGCCAUCCGAGCCUCCCUCGAAUCCCACCUUCUCCGUCGCAGGCGAUCCUCCCGAAGUCUUCUCAGUCUCAGACCUCCGUCGCUCAAGAGAGGUAUACAAACAAUUAUCUGAGGGAAAUUAAUUGAUAAAAUUCGAUUUGAGUAAUUGUUGCUCCACUUGGUUGUGGCAAGGAGUAUUGCAUAGUUAAUCAAUUCGCUUCAUUCUUGUUGAUUGGAAGAGGUUUCAUAUUUCCGAUUGGGUUGGAAUUUUUGGUAUAUGGAUUUGGCACGAACAUCAUAUUGGUGCUAUAGAUGCAGUCAAUUCAUUAGCGUAGGAAUUCAGGUUCCGGUCCAAGAUACCGUACUUUGUCCCCAUUGCGGUGGCGGAUUCGUUGAAGAAAUGCAGAACCCGACCCCAACUAGAUCUCCUAACCAUAAUCGGUUUCUGGCGGCUGCUAUGUACCCCGACCACGCCCCCAAUCCAGAGAGUCGUAGAUAUGGCCAAAGGCUGCGCCGUAGCCAAAGAAGUAGCCGUGACCGCUCGCCUUUUAACCCUGUUAUUGUCCUUCGUGGCACUGCUGAGGGUGGUGGGGCCGGAGGCGACGUCAGAGAACAAAGCAAUGGUACUGAUCGAAGUAACUUUGAGCUGUAUUACGAUGAUGGUGUUGGAACGAGUCUGCGGCCCCUACCUCCCAGCAUUUCUGAAUUUUUUAUGGGUUCAGGAUUUGACCGCCUUUUGGAUCAAUUGUCACAGUUAGAGAUCAAUGGGGUGGGGAGAAUGGAUCAUCCUCCAGCAUCUAAAGCUGCCAUUGAGUCCAUGCCCAUUAUAAAGAUUGUGGCUAACCACAUAUCCACAGAACUUCACUGUGCUGUUUGUAAGGAGGAAUUUGAACUCAAUUCAGAAGCUCGAGAGAUGCCCUGCAAGCAUAUCUACCACACAGACUGUAUCCUUCCAUGGCUUUCACUCCGUAAUUCUUGCCCUGUGUGUCGCCAUCAACUGCCCACUGAUGUGCAUGGGUGUCCUAGAAACUCCCCAGAGUCUGCUGAUGGGGUUGGAGAUGAAGAAACUAUGGAUUUAAUAAUAUGGAGGCUUCCGGGUGGUGGUUUUGCUGUUGGGAGGUUUACAGGUGGUAGGCGAGCCGCUGAGCGCGAGCUUCCUAUCGUUUACACUGAAAUGGAUGGUGGUUUCAAUACCUCUGGUGCUCCAAUGAGGAUUGCAUUUCAGUCUAGUGGAAGUAUGUCAAGGGAGAGGGGCCGAGUGGGGCGAGCAUUUCACAAUUUUUUCUCAUUUUUUGGGAGGCUCAGAAGGUCAUCCUCUCGGUCUAGUGCUGCACCGAAUCUGUCUCGAAGGAGUCUUUCUAGUACCAUUUUCAGUAGAGCAAGGCGCAGCCGACGCUGGACAUUGGAUGAUAGCUAAUGAGUAGUGUUUUAGUUCCUCUUUUCCUUAUUUCAAACCAAGUUGAGAAAGGAGAGAGAGCAGAGGGGGAGGGGGGGAGUGUAGUUUUACUUCUCAUUUGUAAGUUCACUUUGUUAUAAGAUUGUUUGUACCUGUAGUGUAUUUCCUAAGUUAUUAAUUUUUUUUUUUUUGUAAUAGUAUUGUUUAUUUGCUGUACAGAGCAUACAUGACUACGAAAUGAAGAAUCUUUUCAAUUUAAAA